GGGAUUAGUUAUUGUUUUCGUGUGUGUUUAUUGCGAAAAUCAACAAGAAAAUAACUAGAGGAGAAAUUGCCAUAAAUCAACAACAACAAUAAUAAUAUAUUGAAAGAUAUCAAGUUCGCUUGAGGUGGUGCUUAAUUGGGCCGGAAAAUCCUAAAGAAAAAAAAAAAAAAAAGAUUUGAAGUUAUCAGUGCAAAGUGCAGGGAGAUACAUUUAUGAUUUAUGGCUGCCCCCUUUGAUUUGCAGACUUUCAUUCUGCGUGCUCGAGUGUUAAAGUUGUAUCGGCAAGCUUUAAGAGUUGCCAAAAGAGCUCCUGGUCACAGUAAAGGUGAACUGAUGCAAACAAUUAGACAAGAGAUGGAUAACAAUAGGGAUUGCAAUGACAGACAGAGGAUUCGUUACUUAAUUAGCGAGGGAAUGGAGAGAUUGAAGCGUUUAGAUGAGAUGCUCGACAUGCAAGGCCAUUGACCCUCAUUUGCGAAAGUUUGUUGUAAUAAUUUCUAAUCAUCAUAGAUCAACUUUGUAGACUUUCGGCAUAUCAGACAUAUGUUCAAAUGAGAUACAAGCGAAUGAGAUAUUCUUUAAAUCUGUACUAAACAUUCUUUAUUAAAAAAAAUGGUUAUUAUUGGAUGCA